AUGGGGCCCUGUGGCCCUGGGGCUGCCACCCACUCCAUCGUGAGCAGCUGGGACUGUGGCUGGCACGGGGAAUGCUUCCUCAUCGUCCUGGUGUGCCUCAUCUUCAGUGUGCUGUCCACCAUCGAGCAGUACGUCGCCCUGGCCACGGGGACCCUCUUCUGGAUGGAGAUUGUCCUGGUCGUGUUCUUCGGGACAGAGUAUGUGGUCCGCCUCUGGUCAGCCGGCUGCCGCAGCAAGUACGUGGGCAUCUGGGGGCGGCUGCGCUUUGCCCGGAAGCCCAUUUCCAUCAUCGACCUCAUCGUGGUUGUGGCCUCCAUGGUUGUCCUCUGCGUGGGAUCCAAAGGGCAGGUGUUUGCCACCUCGGCCAUCAGGGGCAUCCGCUUCCUGCAGAUCCUGCGGAUGCUGCACGUGGACCGCCAGGGCGGCACCUGGAGGCUGCUGGGCUCCGUGGUCUUCAUCCACCGCCAGGAGCUGAUCACCACCCUGUACAUUGGCUUCCUGGGCCUGAUCUUCUCUUCUUACUUCGUGUACUUGGCCGAGAAGGACGCCGUGAACGAGGCUGGACGCGUCGAGUUUGGCAGCUAUGCGGACGCCCUGUGGUGGGGAGUGGUCACGGUCACCACCAUCGGCUACGGGGACAAGGUGCCCCAGACGUGGGUCGGGAAGACCAUCGCCUCUUGCUUCUCCGUGUUCGCCAUCUCCUUCUUUGCGCUCCCGGCGGGGAUCCUGGGCUCCGGGUUCGCCCUGAAGGUCCAGCAGAAGCAGCGGCAGAAGCAUUUCAACCGGCAGAUCCCCGCGGCGGCCUCGCUCAUCCAGACGGCAUGGAGGUGCUAUGCCGCCGAGAACCCUGACUCGGCCACCUGGAAAAUCUACGUGCGGAAGCCAGCCCGGGGCCACGCUCUGCUCUCCCCCAGCCCCAAGCCCAAGAAAUCUGCCAUGGUAAAGAAAAAAAAGUUCAAACUGGACAAAGACAACGGGGUGAGUCCGGGCGAGAAGAUGCUCACCGUCCCCCACAUCACCUACGACCCCGUCUCGGAGGAGCGGAGGCUGGACCACUUCUCGGUGGACAGCUACGAGGGUUCUGUGAAGAAACGCCCCACGGUGCUGGAGGUGAGCGCCACCCACUUCACGAGGACCAACAGCUUCACUGAGGACCUGGACCUGGAGGGGGAGACACUGCUGACCCCCAUCACCCACGUGUCGCAGCUGCGGGAGCACCACCGGGCCACCAUCCGGGUCAUUCGGCGCAUGCAGUACUUCGUGGCCAAGAAGAAAUUCCAGCAAGCGCGGAAGCCCUACGACGUGCGGGACGUCAUCGAGCAAUACUCGCAGGGCCACCUCAACCUCAUGGUGCGCAUCAAAGAGCUGCAGAGAAGGCUGGACCAAUCCAUCGGGAAGCCCUCCCUCUUCAUCUCCGUCUCAGAAAAGAGCAAGGACCGCGGCAGCAAUACCAUCGGCGCCCGCCUGGGCCGGCUGGAAGACAAGGUGACACAGCUGGACCAGCGGCUGAUUCUCAUCACAGACAUGCUCCACCAGCUUCUCUCUCUGCACCAGAGCGGCCCCCCCGGCGGCCGGCCCCCCAGCGGAGGUGGCGCCCACCUGGUCCAGCCCUGCCGAGGCCCCAUCGACCCCGAGCUCUUCCUGCCCAGCAAUGCACUGCCCACCUACGAACAGCUGACCGUGCCCCACAGGGGCCCCGACGAGGGGUCCUGAUGGGGGCCUGGGGCCUGAGAGGGGAGGCCUGG